AUGUCACAUUCAGAUUAUAUAUACUUUGGCCACGAUACCGUCAACAGAUUCUCUUUUCUUCGUACUGACGAGCAAUUCAUUAAACAAUCAUUGACAAGUCCAUUCACAAAAUUUGUUUUAUUCAUUAAUGAGUUCCCAUUAGGUUAUAGUGAUAAACAAGCCUUAUACUAUUCAAACUAUAAUGAAUUGAAACCAGCAGUGGACCAUUUUAUCAAAUUACAUGAAGUUCAAGAUCUAAGUUUGAAUGAAAUGAAGUUUGUAUUUUUGGGAAUGGAUGAACGAGUUGGAACCGGACUUGAAUAUAAGCAAUAUAAAGGUGUACCAUAUUAUGCUAUUGACAUUACACAAGAUGUUGAACUGAAAGCACAAUUCUUGGAUAAAUUCACACAUUAUACGGAUCGUGGGUUGAUUUUCAAAUUGGGUAAUUUUGAUGCUUCGAUUUUCUCUCACGGGAGAAUGUACCUUGAUUGGUUAAAUAGAAACAAGUUUUGUGCUGGUUGUGGUUCAAGAAACGUUGCGAUUCAAGCAGGUACGAAGUUGAAAUGUUCAAGUGAUGCUGAUUCAAAAUGUCCAGUGAAGAAUGCAAGUGUUUCAAAUAUUUCAUUUCCAAGAACUGAUUCUGUAAUUAUAACUGCAAUUACUAAUGAAAAAUUUGAUAAAGUACUGUUAGGAAGAGGUAAAAGAUUCCCAGGCCCAAUGUAUAGUUGUAUUGCAGGAUUUAUGGAACCUUCAGAAACUAUUGAAGUUGCAUCAUUACGUGAAGUUUGGGAGGAGACUGGUGUUAAAGCUUCAAAAGUUCAAAUAUUGAAGAGUCAACCUUGGCCAUAUCCUGCAAAUUUGAUGAUUGGAUGUAUUGCAUUUGUGGAUUUCAAUGGAAAAGAUGAAGUGAUUGAUCUAGGUCAUGAUCCUGAAUUAUUGGAUGCUAAAUGGUUUGAUGUUGAAAAGAUUAGAAGAUUACUAGAUGGUGAAAAAGAUGAAAUUUUCCUACCACCAUCCACUGCUAUUGCUCAUAGCUUGGUAGAUUAUGUUGUCAAGCAAUAUGAUACAUUAAAUAGUGGGAAAAAAUAG